GAGCAGCCGGGCGAUAAGGUCGAGGUAGUAGUUAUCUGCUGACUGCUCAGGUAAGCUUGAUUAUUCCAUCCCCGGUUAUCCCAACCCUUCUUAGCAGUUUGGUGCUGGUUGGGAAUAGCCUCCCCGACGACGACUCAAUCUCCCCCUCUCAACAACAGCGAUGUCGAGGUCGAUGGCAAUGCCAUGUCGGGUCCUGGUAGUAGUCCUGGAUUAUCGGCCGGGCACGUGAAGCGGGGGACCUCCUUUCCCCCGAUGACAUAAGCAGGCACUGCCUGGGGAGCCCCCGUGGCUUGGAACUCGCAAAAGUUUGGGGAAAGGAUGGUUGGCCUCGUCGUUUGUCUAGCUCUGGUUUCAUGAUCUGCUCCAUAUCAGGCAUGGGCUGAGCAACUGAAUCUUCGACUCGCCUAUGAAUAUUCGUUGGCCAUGACUUCUGGCUUCUACUACCCCGAUGAAUCCAGGAGAGAGCCCCUGUGGUCGCGACUCUUUUCGUCCACUUAUGCUGGGUAUCGCCACCUCAAGCCUUCCACGUCGAGGCGCCCCGGUCGUUAUCGUCGCUUUCUAGUCCGUCGGAUCUGCCAUUAUCUGUAUGCCAUCCCCGGGAUCGUCUUCGCCCUUGUCGCCCUGACGUCGUUUUUCCGGCCCUCCUAUACUCGGCCACCGCCACAUUACUCGUCACUUCGGGAUGCGGUGUUGCAGUCGACAGAACCCGGGCGAGGCAACUCCCGCAACGAGAAAGUAUUCAUCGCCGCGAGCUUGUAUGAUGACACGGGAGACCUGGCACGGGGACAUUGGGGGGACAGUGUGCUCCAGCUGAUCGAGCUGCUCGGGCCGGACAAUGUGUUCCUGAGCAUCUAUGAGAACGACAGCGGGCCGGAGGGCGAGAAUGCGCUGCGAGAACUAGCGGAGCGGGUCACGUGCGGCAAGUCGAUUGUAUUCGAGGAGCAUCUGGACCUGGCCGGCUUGCCGACCGUUGCCGUUCCCGGCGGAUCACGGCGGAUCAAGCGUAUCGAGUACCUCGCGGAGGUGCGGAACCGAGCCUUGCGGCCGCUGGACGACCAACCCGACGUGCGCUACGACCGACUGCUCUACCUGAACGAUGUCGCCUUCUACCCGCUGGACGCCCUCCAUCUCCUGUUCUCCACCAACGCCGCGGAGCAUGGCCUUGCCCAGUACCGGGCUGCAUGCGCCGUGGAUUUCAUCAACCCCUUCAAAUUCUACGACACGUAUGCGACGCGUGAUCUGCAGGGCUAUGGCAUGGGCCUGCCUUUCUUCCCCUGGUUCUCCAGCGCCGGCCACGGGCUGAGCCGCAAGGAUGUCCUCGCGGGGAAAGAUGCCGUGCGGGUGCGCAGUUGCUGGGGAGGCAUGGUGGCCUUCGAUGCGAGUUUCUUCCAGCGUGGUAUCAAACCCCUGACGGCUGGUGUGCAGCCUCUGGGCUCUGGGGAGGGCACCUCGCCGGCUCGAUUCCGGGCUUCACGUGAUACAUUCUGGGAAGCGUCCGAGUGCUGCCUUAUCCAUGCCGAUAUCCAGAAACCUCAACCCGACGUGGAGGCAAUCACCGACACCGGGAUCUAUCUCAACCCGUACGUCCGCGUUGCCUACGACAGCGGUACGCUCUCCUGGUUGGGAGCGACCCGACGCUUUGAGAAGCUGUACGCCUUACUCCAUAAUAUCAUCGACCAUCUCGUCGGCCUGCCCUGGUUCAACCCUCGUCGCACCGAAGUUCCGGGCCAAACUGCUCAGGAGAUCGUGUGGAUUCCAGAUGAGCAUGAUGAUGGGAAUGGGUCAUUCCAGCCGGUCCAUCGGAUCGCCGGCACGGAUGGCUUUUGCGGACGUCGAGGACUCCAAGUCAUUGUCGAGCAUCGCCAAGAAGGGAAGAAGGGUUACGAGAAUAUCGAGGUACCUUCCUAAACGGGGGUCCUGUAACUGUUUAUAUUUGCUUGUGUGCAUACUGUACUCUCUCCUUCAUUGUGUUAUAGGGUUACUAUUAACAGGUACAUACAAGGGGCCUGAAGACUCCAUGGUUUGGACAUAGAGCUUGACUGCAUCACAAUAGCAAACGGAAUCUUCCUGGCCUGUGUUACACUGAUUGUAGAUACAUGCCCAUCCAUUCACUUGUCAUGUACCCACCCAUCACGGUUGGUUCAGUCUAUCUAUCAAUCUGGAUUUUGUGUUGUGACCAUGGCGAUGAUAUUGAUAUGCUGUCUAAGCCGCUUCUUCACCCCGGUUGCCUGUUUCCCCAGUUACAGUACAUGAAAUGAAAU